AAUUCCAACUGCACAUGAAGUAGCCACUUGGUACGCAAGACGUGAUUGACAGGCUCUUGUGUAGCUUUGUGCCACCGUACCGACGUAGUCAAGUCACGGCUGCCCAAAGGCGAGAAAAGAUUUUAAAAAAAAAAAAAGUCGUGGCAGGUUUACAAAUUCUAAUUGUCAGACUAAUGAAUGCGGUUGUAUGUUUAUAAAACAGCCACGCAGCGACAACGCUGGUAAUAGCUUCGUGCUAACCAGCACUAGCUAGCCGAGCAAGCCGUCAGUGCAUGGGCACCAAGGGACCAGUGUUGACUCUCCCACUCAGACUCAUGACAUGGGGAGUAAAAUUUCCUUCAGCAGAAGAAGGAGUGACCAGUAUACAGUCUCUGAAUUAACCACUGUGACAUCACACCCUUGUAGUUCCUUUCAUGCACCUACAGACUGCAAAGAGGCACCUAGAGAUACAGAAUGCAGUGAGGAGAGCCAGGAUUCUAAAUGGGGGGAGGAAAUGAAAGUGAAAAAUCCAUCUAAACCUUUAUCUGCAUCCCAUUCAUCAGAGACUCUGAAAUCCGAAGGACCUGUUGAUACUAACUUGCAACCAAAUGCCACGUCACAGUUAGGGAUGGAUGCAAAGGCUGAAAUGGCACCUGCAAGUGUGUGUCACUUGACAGCAACCAAUAAUGGAUUACCUUUGGCCGGUCGAAGGAAAGGUGGUCGUCCUAGAAAAAUAAAACCCUCAAAGCUUGAGGAUAAAGUGUGUACUACUACUAACGACCCUGUGGCAGAUGAACAUGAAGAGAUCGGCACUGCAAUGGAAGUGCCGACUUGCUCAGAAAUCCACACUGCUGAGGCUGUACCCAACAACGUCAAAAGUCUCUUAAAUGAGUUUCCUCACAAUGAGACCGCUGGAACUUGUCCAGUCCCUGAUUGCAAAGCAGAGGAUGAUGUCCCUUUGGGGUGUAAAAGAACACGAGCAAGACCAACGAAAAGGGAGAUUGCAGUUAUUGAAAAUGUUGUUUCUGAGGCUAUUUUUGUUAAUGAGCCUGGAAGUCCGACACAAAAACUGAGAAGUAAAAAAAAACAUUUCUUAGCACUAGAGGAAAACAGCUGCUCUGAUGUUAUGGUUUCCCCAAAAGAAAUGGAAGUGUCUCCUACUCCUGAAAGUAGCGCAAGACUUGACGCUAUUGAAAAAUCUAACUUGCAAAUUGAUUACCAAAUCCCUGCUAAAGUUUUCAAACCAGAUGUUUCUCUGGAGGCUGUGUCUGUGGCAAGUGGUGACACAGGUUCCGGGGAUGUAGCAGAGAUUGGAAAACUGCAAGGUGGGGAUGGAGAGCACCUGCAAACUGUUCCAGACAAAAACUCAAGACAACUGUCCCCGAGGCCUGUAGAAUGUGAUACAGACAAGCAGGUGGAAAGGGAUGGGGAGCAUAUACAGGUGAACAGUGGUGGAAACGGAGUUGACCUGUCACCCCGGUCUGUAGAAGGAGGGACAGUGGAGCAAAGGCACAGUGACCAUCAGCAGGCUCUUUCAGAUAGUUGCCUGUCGCCACAGUCUGUAGAACUGCAGCAACCAAAAGAAGCUGAAGGUCUCUUGCCUCAGAUUUCCAAGCAAGCAGAUCAACAAACUUUUGGAAACCACUUUUAUUUUAAUAAUUCCCCUAAAAUGCUGCCAGUAGAUGAUGAAAGUUACAAGGAUUCGGAGUGUCCGCGCAAUUGCGACAAUUCAAAGAAUGCUGUUUCUCCUCAGACGCCAGCGCCAAGUGGCAAUGAUGUGCCGGCGUCUUCUGAAGAAGCACCUGAACCGGUUGAGAUCCCCUCUGUUGUCAAAGUGGAAAACGAAGAGGAACCGUUGGAUCAAUUAGAUCCCUUGUCCAAGUCAAAUAAUCCUAGCUGUUCUCAACAGAUUGCGAAAAUGACCAGCAGUUCUGAAGGUCAUUACAUUGAACAAAGCGUUUUAAGGCGAAGAAAAGGCCGCAUGAGAAGAAGGAGAAUAACUAUUUUGUUACGUCAAGAAGAUAAAGUUGAAACUCAACAUGAAACAGACUGUGGUGAUACAAAUACAGAGGCUGAUCAAAACAUAAGCUACACCCAAAAAGGGUCUAAAACCCUGUUGAAAUGUGGUGUCUGUAGCCGCACAUAUAAAUUUAUGUCUCAGUAUGUCAUACAUCAACGCGUUCAUACAGGAGAGCGACCCUUUGAAUGCCCUGAAUGCAAAAGAGGGUUCAGCAAGAAAUCAAACUUAAAUCUCCAUCUUAGGACGCAUGUGAAGAAUACCUUAAAUAAAGAAUGUACAUUUUGCAAAGUUACAUUCUCAGAUGACAAGUAUUAUAGCCACAUGAAGACGCACACUAAAGUGCAGGAACGAGAAGCUGUCAUGUUAAAUGCGGAGGACAGCCCUGUAGAAACUCUUCAGAGAGCUUUGGCCCCUGAAAAGAGUGAAAGCAAAGUGUGCCAGUACUGUGGGAAGUCAUUCAAAUUUCAGUCUGCCCUCAUAAGACACGAACGUGUCCACACUGGGGAGAAGCCUUACAAAUGUGAUAUUUGUGGCAAAGCCUUUGGCCAGUCAUAUUUCCUCCGCGUGCACGAGCUGACACAUUGGUCGGUAAAGCGUUACAACUGCACAGGCUGUAAAAAGUCCUUCAGUCAUUAUAGCAAUGCAAAAAACCAUACAUGCCGACCUCCAGGAGGCAACUCCCAGAUGCAGCCCAGCGAUCAGGUAGCAAAGGCUUCAUUGACCUACUCGUGCCACAUCUGCAAAAAUGUUUUGGAGAGCCUGCCAAAGUUCAACAAGCACAUGAGAGAUCACAUAGGUACAAAGCUUUAUCGCUGUUUGUAUUGUGAUAAACUGUUUGGUCUGCUAUCCGAGUUUCAUGCCCAUUGUAGCAUGUGCCAAGGAGAAAAAAAUGGCUCCUGUUUUGCGGUCAAGGAGGAAGAGAGAAUGUCAGUGGUAGAGUACACUGUCUCUGCCCAUAGGUUUUCAUCAGAACAGAAAUCAGACUCCUCUCCCAUAAAUGGCAAUUGUGAAACUUACAAAAGGCCACCAUCCCAGAUCAACUGCAAGAACUCUAACUUGGUGAAACCCUUCCAGCCGACAGUCACACCGACACGUCUUCGCUCUCAUUUUGUGUCCAAAUUGAACAAACUCGACAACAGAUCGGACCCCAGGAGUUAUUUAUGCCCCAGUUGUGGUCGCCUGUUCAGACACAUAGGCAGACUUCGAGCCCACAUGCUCACUCACGCUCCACAUCAGCGUUACACAUGCUCCUGUUGUGGGAAAAUGCUUCAAAACUGGACCAAACUGUGGCGUCAUCAAAGAGUCCACCGACAACGUCGAGGUCGUUUCACGUGUACAAUAUGCGGGAAAGGAUUCCGUUUUGUCGAGUCGUACAAAAAACAUAUGAGCGAGCACCCGUACUUCCGCUGGAUUCAGUACAAGCCUAAGACGGUGUUCCUGCCUUAUAAUUGUGAUCAGUGCACAAGUCGUUUUAAAACUCUUGAUUUGUUGUUCAGUCACCAAAUUUGCCAUUUCUCAGCACAGGUCACACGCCAAGACUCUGUUUUCGAUCUGUCCAUGGAUGAUCAUUCUCCACAGUCGAAUAGCAUGUUAAAUCCUACUACAAACCACCAGUCAGCAACAUUGUGCCAUGAACUGGGAAACAAUGCCCUUGUGUCAUCAGUCCCAAAAGGCAAUGCUCUUUUGGGCCCCACAAAUCAAGUCUUGCAUCCAAGGGACUCCCCUAUCCUGACUUUGAAUUUAUCUGACCAAAAGCAGGAUUUUGGUUUGAAUAAGACUGCCCAAAGUCCCAGAAACACACAUCGUAUGCAAAAGAAAGCCCUCAGUUGCCACAGAAAAGAUGGAAAUGUGAUGAAAAAGCAAAAAGGAUCUUUGAGAACUGCAAACAGAUAUUCAUCCCCAAACAAAGGGGCCUCACAGAGCCUUAUCUGUGCUAUGUGUGGUAAUGAAUAUACUGCUGUUUCAGAUCUUUAUCAUCAUUAUUUACAGCACGCACAAUGUCAAGUGUAAUAAUAGCCUCAAUGUAUACAAUUCAACAGUGUACAGUACAUACCCACUUCACAUCAUACUCUACAACUAGAAAUCAUUUUUGCAUUACAGUACAUAGGAUGUAUAUAUUUUGUUUUGAUGUUCAAAGAUAAUGCACCCACGAGUGCAACCAUUUUUAGUAGUAAUUGUCAAAUUAAUCCAUUAAAAAUUAACUAACUUUUUUCACCUCA